AUGCUGGAUAUUAUUCGUACAUCAUUUCUUAUUAUUUUUGGAAUAAUAGUGGUGUUCAGAAUGCUGAACAUCAAUCUGGCAUCCUGGUUGUUCCGUAAAAUUGAAUUUCCAUACAUAGAAGAUGAAGUAAUUCAACAAUACAUCGACAAAAAUUCAAAGAAAGAAUUAAAAGAUCUUGUUUUUGUUAACAGAUUGACAGAUGAUCAAGUAUGUGAACUUUGGAAUUUCAAAUCACUUAAAAACCAAUUAAAUAUUUUUGUAAUUGGUAUUCUUCUAUCCAUUGGAAUUUUAAUAGCACGCAUACCAAAUCUCCAAGUAUCUAUGGAUCUUAUUUCUUACUUUGGACUCUUUACUUUCCUAUUCAUUUUCGUAUUUUUAUUUAGAUACGCGUCAAUCACAGCAUCUACGUUCAAAACAACAAGAUAUGGUUGUAUUAAGUUUUCUUUAUUAAUUUCGAUUGGUAGUUACUUCGUUUUCAGUUGGAUUCCUCUUUAUGGACUUGAUAUCCGCGAAUAUGUCUAUACUUGGAUAGAAAUGCCUCCUAGAUUGGCAAAUAUUUGUCUAUCUUGCAUUGUCUUCCUAGUUUCUUACGCAUUGGCUUAUCCCAGCUACAUUUACUUUAAUACUUACAGAACAUGUUCAUCAAUUGAAAAAGAAGUCGGAAAAUGGAAGCACUGCUUCGACACCUACAAAGAAUAUGUUAGUAAAGUUCAAAAUACCCAGACAACGUGUUAUAUUUCGAUGCCAGUUCCAACAAUAAUACUUUUCUUCAUCCGCAGAUUCUUUGUUGGAUAUAGUAUUGAUUAUUACUUAGAUAUUGUUUAUGUUUUCAUUGAAUUUUUCAUGGCAUUUUAUUUACUUAAAUUUACAGAAAUUGAGCUUCGAAUGCUUGUUAAUGAUAAUUGUCGCUACUUAACUGCAUUCGAAACAAAUAAAUUAGAAUCAGAUGGUCGAAAAUUUCAGAAAUCUUUAGGUGAAACAAUUCAUCUUCUGCCGACCACCGCAAUGUCAUUACUUGCCUAUCCUCUUCUUGUUGUUACUUGUUGCAUUGCUUUCGGAACUUCUUUCUUGGUCGAAGGAUUUUCUCAAGAGGUUUUAAGAUAUGGUUCAAUUUUCUUAUUGGCAUUGAUGGAAAUAGUUACAGCAAUGAAUAAGGUUGCUUGUUUGUUUAUAGAGUAA